CUUCUUAUUUACAGAUGGUGGUCUAUGCAUGGCGUUUAAAUUGAUGAAAAUUCUGCCGACAGUUGGAAGAACCCUGGUUAUAUUAUGUAGUUAGGCCAACUACAACAGGCCCCAAGGCAAAGUAACCAAUUUUUAGAUAAUCGAAUCUUAGUGAUCAAUGUAAUGUAGUUUAUUUGUUUGGUUUGAUCAGAUUUUUUACGUGGGAUUUUAAUCGAUCAUUCUCGGUUUCUAGAAUGUGACGAUCAACGUGGAAACAAGCUGUCCGUUUGUAGUCCAACUUGUCAUAAUGAAGCAGUUUUCAUAUUAUUUCAUAUUAGGAUUACUUAGGGCCAUAACUUAAUAGUCAUAACUGUAGCAACAGUUAUAGGCUGCAUAGGAACUGAUUGACAACUAAUUAACAUGGAGUAAUUUGGACAACUCCCAAAGUAACAUAGUUCAACCUUUUUCUAAAUAUGGUUCCUUAUUGGGAAACCUUUGACAAUAGGUUACGACUAAGUCAUGCAUUUGUGACGUCAUUAUGGUGAACUUGAUUGAGAAAUCUUACUGUCCCUUCGCCAGUAAGGAAUCUCCUGCUUCUUGGCAACAUGUAGGCCACAUACUUUUAAAUGGUUUGCUAAGGCUACAGUAUCAAAUACUGUUCGGAACCCAACAGGUUAAAUGUAUUUCUCUGAGCGCUUGCGUAUUAGCACAGUACUGCAGUGGGAGAUCGGGCAAUGUGGACAGGCCAGAGUAGCCUAUCUAUGUGUGCAUGUGUUGGUUUAGCACGUCGAAAUAUAAUAGCAUGUAGCCUGUUUUAGAGUUGGUGAAAGGCAUUAUUAGUACACGAUAAAGACAUUGAGCCAUCCGGGUGUGUCUGAAUGACACACGAUCUGUGGCAUUGUGAUCGAAUAGCCUCUGGAUUUUUACAAUGUCGUGCCCAGCAACCAACUCCGGUAGACUACAUUCUGAUGAGAAAUGCAAGCAACGAAAAUUCUUAUCGUUUCUGUUCUACCAGGCAGUACGGGACCUGAAGCCCGUAUGGAUGUUAGAGGACAUGCGAACAAUGGAGACCUUUUACUGGGAGGAGGAUGCAAGCCAGAGAACAUACACACCAUCAGAGGCAUUGCUGUAUGCUAUUGUGCACGACCAUCAAGCGUAUGCUCAAUACUUGCUCAGUCAUUAUACUGACGAAGCGCUGGCAAUGCCCGGCGAGCGCUUUUGUUGUUGUCCGUCCUCGGCGCCCCAUUUGGCGAUGGCAGUCAGAUACGACAGACGGGACAUUCUGGGUCUCAUAUUACAAGAAGCGCAUCGACUUCCUAGUCUGCAUUCUUACAUGAACCGAGGCGGAUGUUUUCAUAUGGAAGAUGGCAAAACCCCUCUACAUUUGGCCUGUGAGCUACUGCGUUCGGAGGCAGUAAUUCUUUUAUUAGGUAACGGCGCAUCGCCCCAGGCUCAGGACCACACCGGCAUGACGCCACUUGAUGUUAUACUGGAACAGCUCUGGGAUUCCAAGGUGAAUAUCGGAGCAAAAAAGCUGUGUCUGGACAAUAUGUUAAUGUUCAUGCCCGAGAUUCGUUUCAAAAUGAAGGGUGCACUUGAACGGGAUGCCGUUUGCUGGUCCAGGGUCCUUGGUGAGGACAAACUCAAAUUUCUUCUUGGGAAGAAUCCUGCCCCACUGUCCCUCAUUGCUAUGCAAACGGUUUUAAAACAACUUCGCCCUGAACAAUUCCCAGAAAGCUUACAUGAGCUCCCAAUUCCGUCAUCGUUGAAACCACUCCCCUGCAAAAUGAGCGGCCAGUUGAAAGGGGUUUAAAAGCGUUAAACCUGUGUGAAACAUACCAGUUGUAUUUAUUUACAUGUUUUUAACUGUGUUUAGCAUGAUGAAAAUAUCUGUUUGAGAAUAUUAUGUGUCAUUUUAAAAGUAAUGCAAUUACCGUACAUUAAUGAAAAAGACGGGCUACUAUAUAGCUAACAAAAUUCCUGGAACUGUAAUGUUAUCAUUUAAUUGUUUAUUUAUUAACAGUUUUUUACUUAUAAAAGUUAUAUGUACUGUAAAUAUAAAGCAUAUGGCCUAGGAAUUCACUAUGGCAUUUUUAAUCCCAUGAACUAAAUAUAACUAUUUUAUUAUUGUUUUAUAUUUUACAACAGCAGAGCAUUGUAUAAAUGACAGUGAGCAUCUGACUUAUUUCACGUAACAUACAGUAACUUCACAAAGACACUAACAGUUGUAUUGUCAUUAUCUUAUCCUCAAAAUAAAUAUCUAAAUAGAAAAUAA